AUGGCGCGUAAUCCAAGCUGCACGAUGUUCAUAGGUAAUCUCGUCUCGUGACUGAACAACCUCUUUUUCACUUAGUCAGAUCGAACUGAAUCGAACGUUUGGCCCCUCGAUUUGAUUGUUUUUCAUUCACGGUUUCUGUCGUCGGUAAGUUUCUCUAGAAUGUUUCUGGUCGUUGUGGCUCUAAUUCUUCCUUGUUAUUUCAUCUCACCAAGUCGGAAAACGUAGGUACUAUCUGAACUUAGCUUCUCUACGCUCAUUUCACAUUUUCUAGUUAUUUUCUAAAAGUAGAUAAUCGCCCAAAAAUUUGAUCGCCCCUUUCCAUAAUUCAUGUGCGCGGCAUUGUAGGGCGAAAGAACAAUGCUCACAUACAUUGUAAUAUCUCAGUUUUGGCUCCAUACAUUGCCAUCUGUGUUUUCUACGCGUCAGAUAUUCUUUCUCAUCUGAAUUUCUAUAUCCUUUUAGACAAAAAUUAUCCUCCUUUUAGGUUGUAGGUCACUUCCUUUUGGUAUUUUCUCUCACAAAGUUACAGAGUUUGGUCUUUCAUCCGAGCUCAUCUUCUCCUCGGAGCCAAUUAGUUGGAUGUACGGCGGAACCCAUCUUCAUGAAAUUAAUUUAUUUUAAUUCGAUUUAUUUCAUGCUAGGUAAUCUGGACGAGAAGGUGACGGAUAGGGUAUUAUACGAGAUACUGAUCCAGGUUGGUCGCGUCGUAGACCUGUACAUACCCAUGGACAAGGAGACCAACCGUCAUAAGGGCUAUGCAUUUGCAGAGUACGAAAGCGAGGAGAUUGCAAACUAUGCCGUUAGGCUAUUCUCUGGUCUCGUGUGUCUCCACAACAGGACACUGAGAUUUUCGGUGCGUCUUUGUUCUCCUUCCCCUGUCAAAUCUCUUGCAAUUUCUAUUCAUAGUCAUCUUCAGCCCAGGGCCCUCGAGGGUGGGUUGGAGCUUCAGGUCAUUUGGAUGCUCCCACAGAUCUUCCAUUUCUGGCCUUGUAGAGACUUUCGAUGUGACCCUAUUCCGGAUAUAAUUUCCAUUUAUGGUCUGAACUUAGGCGGUCUGGAUGCUCCUACAGACCGUCUAGAGCCUUUUGAAGUGAUCUUGAGCUAAUGUGAGUCAACUCCAUGAAAAAAAUUCCUCUCUUGCAGAUGUCGGGACAGGAUAAGCCCUCUCAACAACACAAUGGUACUCCGGUAACGCCAAAGUCAACCUCAUUAGCUCCUCUUCCGAGGGAAAAGAAACCCUACCAGGGUUCGGCGGAGUUAACUGAUUUCAGGGCUUUGACCAAUUCCCGCUAUUCGGCGGCAUCAGUCAACCCUAGCCCGAACUCGGGCCUUCUCCCAAGGCUGCAGCAUCCUCUGAAUCCACGAGAAUCGCCGGUCCACCGGGACGAAUCUUCAUGGCCGGGGAAUUGCAGGUCUGAUUAUGCCCAUCCAGCGUCUCCGAGUUAUCCCCAAGGUUAGACCCUCCUGCGUUCUAUUAGGUUAUACCCCCUGCACACACCCCCCCCCCCCUCCCCCUCACCCGGGGAUUCAAACCUCGAUUCAUAUUGCCUUGUUUCUCAUAUUACCGUUGACUUCCGAUUGCAGCUCGGCCUGCACGCGGAUAUGUGAACGGCGGAGUUGACUCGGAUUAUAGUAGGCAAGUUCUUUCCCCAAUGUGGGUCAACGCUGAUCGCUCAGAUUUUCAGCAUCCCGUCUACCCCGCCCACUCACGACGACCGUGA